GCAGCAGAACGUUUCUGGGGACAUCGUGACAGAGGCCAAGAAGACGCUUGCGAAGUACACGACAGUGACGAGCUCCAGCGAGACCAUCAUCGCCGCCAUGAAGGGGGACAAAACCUGGAAGUUCGCGAACACUGACGAGGACGGGGACAAGCUCAAGGCCACGAUGACGAAGGACAGAGACCUCUCGGCGCUGCUCACCAAUGGACUGGCCAAGACGCAGAAGUCACUCAGCGAGAAGAGUUUCGUGGCGGUCAUCAACAAGCUGAACGCCCUGGAGAAGGACCUGGACAAGCUGAGCAAAAUCAACAGCAGGCUCAUGCGCAUGCACGACGCCAAGAAGGACUCCAGCGAUGAGGGCAAUAGUGAGCUGCCAGCCAGGAAGGCCGCCCGCAAGCGGUCGGCCAGGGGCUGA